UCAUACAGAUUUCUUUCUCCCAACUAAUAAAGAUUGUAUUUUCUUCCAUAUUUGAAGCAUACAUUGAUCAAUGGCAUCUACUUCAACUUCAUCCAUUCAAAAGAGCUUCAAGUACGAUGUCUUUUUGAGUUUCAUGGGUGAAGACACCCUUACGACCUUUGUUGAUCCUCUCUAUCAUGCUCUUCUGGAGAAAGGUAUUACAACUUACAAAGCUGACGAAAAAAUCGAGAAAGAGGGAAGGAUACAUGAUCAGCUCAUCCGAUCUAUUCAAGACUAGAGGUUUCACAUAGUUGUAUUCUCCAAGAACUAUGCAUCUUCAUCAUGCUGCUUAGACGAGUUGGUGGAGAUUAUCAAGUACCAGAAGACAGCCGAGCAGACUGCUUACCCCGUCUUCUUUGAUGUGGAACCUACUGAAGUCGGCAACCAAAGUGGGCUAGUUGGAGAAGCAUUUUCCAAACUUGUUGCUAAACAUGAAAAGGGAAGCGGGAUGUUCUCCUUCUUUAAACUGUUCACAAGGAAGAGGAAGAGGACGUCAGAAGAUGUAGAUCUGGAAAAGGAAGAUAAUGUUGGAAGAUGGAGAAAUGCUCUCAAAGAAGCAGCUAGCCUGGCUGGGAUGGAGUUAAAGAACACUUUCAAUGGGCACGAAGCUAAAUUUGUCCAACAAAUUGUUGAAGAGGCUUCGCUAAAUCUAAAAUUCUUUAAUUUGAGUGUUGAUGGGAAAUUAGUAGGCAUGGAAACCCAGGUGAUUGGGGUCCAAUGGAUGGGAGGUGAAAGCUUUGUUGAGGACGUUAGGGAAAUUUCAAAAGGCUCUGUUAGAAAGAGGUUCAAGUAUGAUGUAUUUUUGAGUUUCAGGGGUGAAGACACCCGUAAGACCUUUGUUGAUCAUCUCUAUCAUGCUCUUGACCGUAGAGGCAUUACCACUUACAAAGACGAUGAAAAAAUCAAGAAAGGGAAAAGGAUCAAUGAUCAGCUCAUGAGAUCCAUAGAAGACUCGAGAAUAUACAUCAUUGUUUUCUCCAAGAACUAUGCGUCUUCAUCGUGGUGCUUAGACGAGCUCGUCAAGAUUAUGGACUGCCACAACAAGACUGGGCGGAUUGCUUACCCUGUUUUCUUUAAUGUGGAACCCACCGAAGUCCGUCACCAAAGUGGGGUAGUCAAAGAAGCCUUUGCCAAACAUGAAAAAGAUGAGACUGCUGGAAUAUGGAGAGACGCUUUGAAAGAAGCAGCUGAUCUGGCUGGGAGAGAGUUGAAGAGUACUUUUGAUGGAUAUGAAGCGAAAUUCGUACAAAAAGUUGUUGAAGACAUUUCACUAGAGCUACGUUUUAUUAGUUCAAGUGCUAGUGAAAAGUUAAUAGGCAUGGAGACCCGUGUAAAGCAUGUAGUUUCAUCUUUAGAAGAUGAUUAUGAUGAUGUUCGUAUGAUAGGGAUUAAGGGGAUUGGAGGUGGUGGAAAGACGACUUUGGCUAGAGCUGUUUUUAAUCAUAUCUCCAUUUGGUACGAAGGUAAAAGCUUUGUCGAGAAUGUCAGAGAAGUUUCAAAAGGCUCUGGUUUGAAGAAAUUGCAAAAACAGGUCCUUAAAGAUGUUUUAAAUGAUCCAAACAUUGACGUAAAAAGUGUUGAUGAAGGGGAGAUAAUGAUGAAAAAAAUGAUAAGUAGUAGAAAAGUACUUGUUGUUUUAGAUGAUGUCGAUGAUAUCGAGCAGCUUGAGGCGUUAGCAGGAGAGCAUACUUGGUUUAAGUCCGGAAGUACAAUCAUCAUCACAACAAGAGAUGAGCAUGUGUUGGUAGCCCAUGGAGUGAAGUCUAUUCAUGAUGCCAAUCUGUUAUCACAUGAGGAAGGAAUUCGCCUUUUUAGUAAGUACGCAUUUGGCAGAGAGAACCCAAUUGAAGGGUACCAAGAGCUCUCAGGAAAAGUAGUACAUUAUGCUGGUGGUCUUCCCUUAACAAUUAAAGUUUUGGGUUCAUCUCUUUGUGGUAAGACAAAGUGUGAAUUUAAUGACGCCAUAGAAAGACUAAAAACAAUUCCAGAAAAGCAAACUUUGGAAACACUGGAACUAAGCUACAAUGGGCUAGAAAAUGAUCACAAAGAAAUAUUUCUUGAAGUUGCAUGCAUAUUAAAAGGUGAACCAAAAGAAAAAGCAAUCCGAAUACUUGAAAGUUAUGGAUUCCAUGCUCGAAUUGCUUUAAAAGUUCUUGAGCAGAAAUCAUUGAUAAUCAUUUCGGAUUAUGGUUGUUUAGAAAUGCAUGACCGUAUUGAAAAAAUGGGUAUGAAUAUUGUUCGUCGUUUGCACCCUCAUGAGCCUCAAAGGCAUAACAGAUUAUGGGUUAAAAAAGAAGUAGAAGAUAUUUUGAUUAAUGAGUUGGGUACAGAAGCAACACUGAGUAUAAAACUACAGUAUACGAAACUCCAUCCAUCUAUAAUUAUGAAAGGUCUUAGAAAGAUGAAGAAGCUUAGAUAUCUUUACGUUAGUGGGGAAUAUUGGUUUAUUGGAAUGGGUUGCAGCAACAUCUCUCAACAGGAAGAGGGAGAAAGAAAGGUUCUUAAUGAGCUCAAAAUUCUUAACAUUAAGCAUACACAGUUCAGAACCUUUGACCUUGGGUUGACACCAGAUCUCGAGUGGUUAGAUCUAUCAGGAUGUUAUGACUUUGAAGAACUCCAUGUACCUGUUGAAAGUCCCAAGCUCAAGUCCCUUGUCCUCCAUGGUUCUAAAUUGAGUAAACUUGAUCUUCUGCUAACUCCACAACUCGAGACAUUAGAUCUUGAAGGUUGUAACAACAUUGAAGAACUCCACAUGCCCGUUGAAAGUCUCAAGCUCAAGUCCCUUGUCCUCCGUAGUUCUAAAUUGAGUAAACUUGACCUAGGGCAGAUUCCACAACUCGAGACAUUAGAUCUAGAAGGUUGUAACAACAUUGAAGAACUCCACAUGCCCGUUGAAAGUCCCAAGCUAAAGUCCAUUGUCCUUUAUGGUUCUAAGUUGAGUAAACUUCACCUAGGGCAGACUCCACAACUCGAGAAAUUAGAUCUUGAAGGAUGUAACAACCUUUUAGAACUCCACAUGCCCGUUAAAUGUACCAAUCUGAAGUCCCUUGUCCUCAAAGGUUCUAAGUUAAGUAAACUUGACUUGGGGCUGACUCCACAACUCGAGACAUUAGAUCUUGAAAGAUGUAAGUACCUUGUAGAACUCAACAUGCCUGUUGAAUAUACCAAGCUGAAGUCCCUUGUCCUCAUAGGUUCUAAGUUGAGUAAACUUGACCUAAGGGGGACUCCAAAGCUUCAGACAUUAGAUCUUGAAGGAUGUUACGACCUAGUAGAACUCUACAUGCCUCUUGAAUGUGCCAAGCUAAAGUCCCUUGUUCUUAGUGGUUCUAAGUUGAGUAAACUUGAGGGGUUAACUCCAAUGCUCGAGAGGUUAGAUCUAACAGAAUGUUAUAACUUUGUACUCCACAUGCGCGCUGAAUGUCCAAUGUUGAAUUACCUUGUCCUUAGUGGUUAUAUGUUGAGUACUGGAGCUGUCUCCACACCUCCAGACAUUACAUCUUGAAGGGUAUAACCACCUUGUAGAACUCCACAUGCCCGUUGAAUGUACGAUGCUGAAGUCCAUGGUCCUCUUUGGUUCUAAGUUGAGUAAGCUUGACUUGGGGCUGACUCCACAUCUCGAGACAUUAUAUCUUGAAGGGUGUAACGACCUUGUAGAACUUCACAUACCCCCUAAAGGUUCCAUACUCAAAUCCCUUUUCAUUAGUGGUUCUAAGUUGAGUAAACUUAACUUGGGGUUGACUCCACAUCUCAAGAGGUUAGUUCUUGAAAACUGCUAUUAUCUUCAAGAAAUUCGUGCUCCUAUAGGAUGUCUAAAAAACCUUGCCAACUUAAAGUUAAGUGGUUGUUCAAGGUUUGAGCGUUUUGUGGGUACCCAUCGGUAUCAUUUACUUGAAUUUGGGAUUCUCGCUACAUUAGUACUGAUUGCAGAGUCCCAGGAUAUUUGCCCACUACAUCCCAAUAGUAAUUUGCCAAAGUUUGUGUUUAAAUGUUUUUAUGGAGAACCUCUACCCUCAUUAAGUGGAAAUCUUGAGAAGCUUCUUUCUUUUGGUCUAUGUGCUUGCACAAACCUUGAGUCCUUUUCAGCAAGCAUUUGUGGUUUACAACGUUUAAGAAAUCUUACACUUGAAGGCAACUUACCCGAGGUGCCCAAGGACCUGUGCCAGUUAGAAUGUCUAGAGAAGCUAACAUUGUCAAUGAAAGAGAUUAAACAUCUUCCAGAUAGCAUUUGUAUGUUGAAACAUCUUAAAUCUCUUGAUCUCAAAUUUGGUUGGCUUCUACAACACUUACCCAUGGAGAUAUGCAGAUUAGAGUGUUUGAAGGAGUUAUACCUAACGGAUUGUAUAUCCUUACAAGAUAUUCCAAACAACAUAUGUAAGAUGAAAUGUUAAGAAUAUCUAGAUAUCUCCUAUUGUAUUCUAGUUGAUAAACUUCCUGAGGAAUUUGGAAGUUUAGAAGGUUUAAAAGGGUUAAAUAUAGAAGGUGCAGGCAUCAGUCGUCUUCCGCAAAGCAUUUAUCAUUUGAAAGGGCUACGCAUUAUUGGGUCCAGGUGGCGGCUUGAGUCGUAUGGUUUUACAUCCUUGAUAGAAAUCUCAACAUACACGGCCUCCUGCUACAUUAGGGACAUACAUCAUGUGUCUCCUAUAUGAAUUCAAGGGCUGAUUUCGAGGAGUCAAUUUCCAAACAAGUAUGGUAGCAGGUAAGCGAUCCAUGUUCUUUCAGGCAACUGAUAAAGUUCAAGUGAUUUCACCAAGUGCCCUGUGAUGUUUUUCCUCAAAGAGAUUGACUUUCGGAGAUAUCAAGGAAAUCAAUGUUGAAGCACAAGUAUUAGUAGAUGUUCAAGCAAUCAAUGGAGUUCAAGUGAUUUAAGUUUUCAUAUACAUUUUCCCCAUACCGAUCGAGUUUUUGUGACAUCAAGGUGAGAUUAUAUGAAUGAGAAACCUGCUAGCGGUAUUCCCGACUUAUGACAAGUCGGUGAUGGGAAAGGGUGACAAAGGAGUUCAAGUCACGAGUUGAUGAAGUUGGGGGAUCAAUGUUGACAAGUCGGUCAUAGUUGGUUAUGUUUCCUAAUUAUGUUUUAAAUAAUAUGGUAAUGUCUUUGCCACCAAGUUAGGGAUAACCUAUUUAAACUAAGUUAGGCAGGCCCCGGCCCAUAGGGUGUGCAAGGUGUGCCACCGAACAGGGCCCAACAAUUUUUUGGGCCCAAAAAUGUAACGCAUCGCUUUUUGCAACUUUUUCUUAUUUAGAAAGUUCGUCUUGUAUUUCUAUUUUUGGGAACUUUUAUCCUCAUUGUAAUCGUAUUUCAUUUUCCAACUUUGUAAUCCAAGAAUUGAUCAUAAUGAAAUUCGUUCUUUAUACA